CUAACAAUAGACUGACUGGCCAUAGGGUGCUACAAUCACAUGAGUCCGAAGGGUUGGACUAUGUAUCCUUGAUGCUCAACCUGUUUGUGAAGCUCAAGGAGCUGAAGUCCGCCGCUCGUCUCUGAGCUCCUUCUGUCUGACUCACAGAGCUCAUCUAUAACAAAAUGUCUGACACGGAGGAAGUCGUGGACGAGGAAGUUCAGGAGGAAGAAGCACAAGAGGAGGCAACAGAUGAGUCAAAGCCAAAGCCGAAGUUUAUGACGAAUAUAUCCGCUCCAAAGAUCCCUGAUGGGGAUAAAGUGGAUUUCGAUGACAUCCACAGGAAGCGUCAGGAGAAGGAUCUGUCUGAGCUGCAGUCUCUGAUCGAGGCCCACUUCAUCCAGAGGAAGAAAGAGGAGGAGGAGCUCAUCGCCCUCGUGAACAGAAUCGAGAAACGUCGCGCCGAGAGGGCGGAGCAGCAGAGGAUCAGGUCGGAGAGAGAGAAGGAGAGGCAGGCCAGGCUCGCGGAGGAGAAGGAGCGCAGGGAGAUGGAGGACCACCGCAAGAAGCAGGACGAGGACGCAAAGAAGAAGAAAGCCCUCUCAAACAUGACCCAGCAGUACACUGCUGGGCACAAGACUGACAACAGGAAAGGAGCCAAGAAACAGACGGAGAGGGAGAAGAAGAAGAAGAUCCUGUCCGACCGCAGGAAGCCUCUCAAUGUGGAUCAUCUGAACGAAGACAAGCUCAAGGAGAAGGCCAACGAGAUGUGGCAGUGGCUGAUGGGGCUGGAGGCUGAGAAGUUUGAUCUCAGCGAGAAACUCAAAAGACAGAAAUAUGAUAUCAACCAGCUUCUUGCCCGAGUCCAGGAUCACCAGAGUGCCAAAGGUCGUGGCAAGGGCAAAAUGGGCGGCCGGCUGAGGUAGAGCAGCCGCCAGGCGACGACGACGACGACGCAGACCGAGACACCAGCGAUCAAUCCGCCCAUGUGUCUAUUGUGUGUGUGUGUAUUCAUUGUUCUGUUGUGUUGAUGGAUUACAUGUCAAUUACCAUGAUAUCAUAACAAUAAAUAAAGUCAUUACAUCCGC